AUGAUCAAAAUCAAGCUGAAGCCCGAAAAACGGUCGCCGGAGGCAUCGCCGGAGAAGCGGCGGACCAAGAAGCGCAAAACGGAUGAGGAAGGGGCCAAACCGAGCACUCCGUCGCUCAGCAUCAAGUUGAAGGCGCCCAAAAAAGAGCGGGAGUCCAAGCCGCGGUUGUCCCUGAAACUGAGCAACAAAAAGAGCGAGAGCGCGGCGCCGGAAAGCAGCCGGGCGUCGACCGCGAGUGGCGGAUCCACUAAAAAGAGCAAGGUGGUGCCGCGGAUCCGAGUCAAGGCCGCCCGCGAACCGGGCCAGGGAUACGACAGCGAAGCGCCGGACCGCGAAGACGAUCCGCUGAUUGAAGAGGGAUUGAUUUUGCGAUUCCCACCAAUCGGUAAAAGAGGCCGCGACGACCUGUCAUAUCUGCGGACGGCGGUGGAGAACCAGGAUUACAGUAACAUUGUGAUUCGGUUCAAGGACUCGCGCAGGGCGGUGGUUUCUGUGCGGGGGCGGCAUUACGCGGCGAAAUUGGUGGACUUGCCGGCGAUCGUCGAGGCCCAAAAGACGUUUGACCGCGGCAAAAACAUGUUCAAGUGUCUGGACAUUUGCCAAAUGUUACUUGUCACCGAGCCCAUUUCGUCCGAACACAGCAUUAUGGAGGCGCGGUCGAUGCAAUGGGACAAGAGCUCCAGCGAAAGCGCGCUGACCUGUCGCCAUGGCCUGACUCCGCCGUUGUUUGACGCCAAACGUCGCCGAUUCAGAAAAACCGUGUCCACAAAGGUGAUUGAAUCGGUGGAGCAAAAGGUGACGGACUUGCUGGAUCUGGACGACGAGGCAGACUCCACAUCAUAUGAGCUUGUCGAUGGACGCACCCUGGCGUCCUUGUAUGGAGCCGGUGGGGUUGCGGGCUCGCAAUCUGUGUCUACCACUGUUUCUGCCGCCGCCACUCCUCCUCCGCGGUUUGCCAUGGUCGACGAGGGAGAAAUGGACGUGGAUUUGCUCGAUAAGGAGCUGGAGCGGGCCCUGGAGGACCAAGGCUCGGAUGAGGGCGAAGAAAUCGAGGCCGAUGAUGCGUCCGAGUCCGAAGAUGAGGGAGAAGGCGCAGGUGAGUCGGACAACUCGGACGAAGAGGAAUUGCCCCGAGCGUCGGCCGGAAUGGACGAUGACGACGACGGUGAAGAGGGAGGACACGCCAAGGUGCUGGUCGACACGAUUGCAGAUCUGGAGGCGACCAUCAAAAAGCAGCAGGACGACGCCGACCGCACCGCCAACGCCAUGCUCAAGGAGCGGUUCAACCAGCGAAUCUCCAAGCUCAAACAUGAGCUGGAGGUCAAGAAGAAACAGCUCAAGGCAAAGAAUACCAUCAAGGAGAAGAAGAAGGAGAUCGAUAAGAAGGAAAAGAAGGAGGAGAAGGAGGAGAGUGAGGACAAGGUGGAAAAGGGCGAGGUCAAGGACAAGGGUGUGGGCAGUGACGACGAUAUGGAUUUGGAUGAUUUGUUUUAG